AUGGCGGUAAUAGCGCGUACGUCACCCACCGCACAAGCACCUGCGUUACAUUGUUGUGGUGCAACUGGAUGCUCGGACUAUGCAAUUUUUGGCGGUUAUCCGACUUCAUGCCAAUGUCUUACUAAUCCAGCUCAGGUGAGAUUGUUGCUCAUGAAGUCUUUGAGAAGCUUACUAAUUUCUUGCCAAUGA